AUGAGGGGUGGGGGACCCCUUGACGUCACUAGAAGGAGGUGCCGGGGUAGGAAGUGGCCGGGGAAAGGUUAUAAAUCGCCCCGGCCCGCGGCUGGCCGGCAGCGAGGUCCGUCGGCGGGGAGGACCGGGGCGCGCCGUGCUGAGCCUCCAGGAGCGGCGACUCGGAGCGGGCUCCGGGACGGGCGCGGGGCUGCGAGGAACGCCGGGACGUGGCGGGCUCGGCGGCCGGAGCGGCGGACGCGGCGCGAGAGGAGCGGCUGGGGCGGCGGGGUCGGCGGCCACCGGGGAGCAGGCCGCGUCGCGCUCACCAUGCGCAGCUGCGGGGACGCCGGGGCGCUGCUGUGCGCGCUGCUCGCCUUUCUGCGGCUCCCAGGAUCUAGUUCAGGCUCAAAAUUGAAAGGUCCUGAACUGAGUUUCAGAAGCAGCCAGCACGUUCUCCAAGCAGGCCAGACCCUGUAUCUCAAAUGCAGGGGAGAUGCAGCCCAUUCCUGGUCUCUGCCUGAAACAGUGAACAGGGAGAGCAAGAGGCUGAGCAUAAGUGAUUCUGUCUGUGGAAGGAACAGCAAACAGUUCUGCAGUACUCUGACCUUGAACAUGGCUCAGGCAAACCACACUGGCUUCUAUAGCUGCAAAUAUCUAUCUAUUCCUGCUUCAAAGAAGAGGAGAAUUGAAUCUUCAAUCUAUAUAUUUAUUAAUGAUACAGGUAGACCUUUCAUAGAAAUGCACAGUGACAUCCCUGAAAUUCUGUAUAUGACUGAAGGAAAGGAGCUCAUCAUACCCUGCCGGGUCUCAUCACCCAACAUUACUGUUACUCUAAAAAAGCUUCCUAUGGAGACUCUUAUCCCUGAUGGGAAAAGGAUAACCUGGGACAGUAGGAAAGGUUUUAUAAUAUCUACUGCCACUUACAAAGAAAUUGGGCUUCUGGCUUGUGAAACUACUAUCAAUGGGCACUUGUAUCGAACAAACUAUCUCACAUAUCGACAAACCAACACCAUCUUAGAUGUCCACAUGAGCAGGCCCGGCCCAGUCAAAUUACUUAAAGGACACACUCUUACCCUCAACUGUACUGCGACCACUCCCUUGAAUGCAAGAGUUCAGAUGACAUGGCAUUACCCUGGUGAUACCCAUCAGAGAGCCUCUAUAAGAAACAGACUUGACAAAAGCAAUUCCAACUUCAAUGUCUUCUACAGUGUUCUUGUGAUUGACAAAGUGCAACACAAAGACAGAGGACUUUAUACUUGCCACGUGAGGAAUGGCCCUUCUUUGAAAUCUGCCAACACCUCAGUGCAUGUCUAUGAUAAAGCAUUCAUCACUGUGAAGCAUCGAGAUGAGCAGGUGCUUGAAACUGUGGCUGGCAGACGAUCUUACCGGAUCUUUAUGAAAGUGAAGGCAUUCCCCUCACCAGAAGUUGUGUGGCUAAAAGACGGGUUACCUACAACUGAGAGAUCCGCUCGCUACUUGGUCCGUGGCUACUCAUUAAUUAUCAGAGAUGUAACUGCAGAAGAUUCUGGGGAUUAUACAAUCUUGCUGAGAAUAAAGCAGUUUAAUGUCGUUAAAAACCUCACCGCCACUCUCAUUGUCAAUGUGAAACCCCAGAUUUACGAAAAGUCUGUGUCAUCGUUCCCAGAACUCGCACUCUACCCACUGGGCAGCAGACAGAUCCUCACUUGUACCAUUUAUGGUAUCCCUCAGCCUACAAUCAAGUGGUCCUGGCAUCCCUGUAACCAAAAUCAUUCCAAAGCAAGGUCUGAUUCUUGUUCCAGGAGCGAAGAGUCCUUUAUCCUGGACUCUAACAACAUCAUAGGAAACAGAAUUGAGAGUAUCACUCAGCGUAUCGCAAUCAUAGAAGGAAAGAACAAGACGGCGAGCUCCUUGAUUGUGGCUGACUCUAAAAUAUCUGGAAUCUACAGUUGCAUGGCUUCCAAUAAAGUAGGAACUGUGGAGCGAAGCAUAAGAUUUUAUGUCACAGAUGUGCCAAAUGGAUUUCAUAUCAACUUGGAAAAAAUGCCUGCAGAAGGAGGAGACCUGAAACUGUCUUGCACAGUUAAUAAGUUCUUAUACAGAGACAUUACUUGGAUUUUGCUGCGAACAGUCAAUAAUCGAACAAUGCAUCACAGUAUUAGCAAGCAAAAAAUGGCUGUCACAAACGAGUACUCCGUUACUCUUAAACUCGUCAUCAAGAAUGUGUCCCUGGAAGAUUCAGGCACCUAUGCCUGCAGAGCCAGAAACAUAUUCACAGGGGAAGAAACCCUGCAGAAGAAAGAAGUUACAAUUAGAGAUCAGGAAGCUCCCUACCUCCUGCGAAACCUGAGUGACCACUCCGUGUCUGUCAGCAGCUCCACCACCUUACACUGUCAGGCUAACGGGGUACCCGAGCCUCAGAUAACCUGGUUCAAAAACAACCACCAAAUACAGCAAGAGCCUGGAAUUAUUUUAGGACCAGGAAGCAGCACGCUGUUUAUUGAAAGAGUCACAGAAGAGGAUGAAGGUGUCUAUCACUGCAAAGCCACCAACCAGAAGGGCUCUGCAGAGAGUUCGGCAUACCUCACGGUUCAAGGGACUUCAGACAAGUCUAACCUGGAGCUGAUCACGCUGACAUGUACCUGUGUGGCUGCCACUCUCUUCUGGCUCCUAUUAACUCUCUUUAUCCGAAAACUAAAAAGGUCUUCUUCAGAAAUAAAGACUGACUACCUCUCCAUUAUAAUGGACCCAGACGAAGUUCCCUUGGAUGAACAGUGCCAGCGGCUCCCUUAUGAUGCCAGCAAGUGGGAGUUUGCCCGGGAAAGGCUCAAACUGGGCAAAUCACUCGGAAGGGGCGCUUUUGGAAAAGUGGUCCAAGCAUCUGCAUUUGGCAUUAAGAAAUCACCCACCUGCAGGACAGUGGCUGUAAAAAUGCUGAAAGAGGGGGCCACAGCCAGUGAACACAAAGCUCUGAUGACUGAGCUCAAGAUCCUGACCCACAUCGGCCACCACCUCAAUGUGGUCAAUCUGCUCGGAGCCUGCACCAAGCAAGGAGGGCCCCUGAUGGUGAUCGUUGAAUACUGCAAAUAUGGAAAUUUAUCCAACUACCUCAAGAGCAAACGAGACUUGUUCUUUCUCAAUAAGGAUGCGGCGUUACACCUGGAGCCCAAGAAGGAGAAGAUGGAGCCAGAUGGGGAGCAAGUGCAGAAACAAAGACUAGAGAGCGUCACCAGCAGCGAAAGCUUCGCAAGCUCUGGCUUCCAGGAAGAGAAAAGUCUGAGCGAUGUGGAGGAAGAGGAGGACCCCGAUGAUUUCUACAAGCAGCCCAUCACGAUGGAAGAUCUGAUUUCCUACAGUUUCCAAGUGGCCAGAGGCAUGGAGUUUCUGUCUUCCAGAAAGUGCAUCCAUCGUGACCUGGCCGCGCGGAAUAUUCUUUUAUCUGAGAACAAUGUGGUGAAGAUUUGCGACUUUGGCCUGGCCCGGGAUAUUUACAAGAACCCUGACUAUGUGAGAAAAGGAGAUACUCGACUUCCCCUGAAGUGGAUGGCUCCUGAGUCCAUCUUUGACAAGAUCUACAGCACAAAGAGUGACGUGUGGUCCUACGGGGUUCUCCUGUGGGAGAUCUUCUCCCUGGGAGGGUCCCCAUACCCAGGUGUGCAGAUGGACGAGGAUUUCUGCAGCCGCCUCAAGGAUGGCAUGAGGAUGCGGGCCCCUGAGUACGCCACUCCGGAAAUCUACCAGAUUAUGCUGGACUGCUGGCACAAAGAUCCAAAGGAAAGGCCAAGGUUUGCAGAACUUGUGGAAAAACUGGGUGAUUUACUUCAAGCAAAUGUACAACAGGAUGGUAAAGAUUACAUUCCGCUAAAUGCCAUACUGACCGGAAAUAGUGGGUUUACUUACUCAACUCCUGCCUUCUCUGAGGACUUCUUCAAGGAAGAUACUUCAACUCCAAAGUUUAAUCCAGAAAGUUCUGAUGAUGUUAGAUAUGUAAAUGCUUUCAACUUCAUGAGCGUGGAAAGAAUCAAAACCUUUGAGGAACUCUCGCCAAAGGUCACCUCCAUGCUUGAUGAUUACCGGAUGGACCACGGCACCCUGCUGGCCUCGCCCUUGCUGAAGCGCUUCACCUGGACUGAGAGCAAACCCAAGUCCUCGCUCAAGUUUGACUUGAGAGUGACCAGCAAGAGCAAGGAGUCUGGACUUUCUGACCUCACCAGGCCUCCUCCCUGCCAUGCCAGCUGUGGGCACAUCCAGAAAGACCAUCGCAGAUUCACCUACGACAACUCAGAGCUGGAGAAGAUCCCAUGCUGUUCUCCUCCCCCAGACUACAACUCGGUGGUCUUAUAUUCCACCCCACCUGUCUAGAGUGUGACACACACAGCCUUACUUCUAGAACCACGUGUGUAGUUAUACCCCAGAAAACUAGCUUCCGCCAGUAUUAUACAUAUAUCAAAUUCACACCUUUCCCUAUCCACAGCAGUAUUUUCCCCUUUUGACUAACAAGAAUGUAACCCCAGAUAAAUCGUGACAAGUGAGGAAUACUACUGCCAAACCCUCCCGUGACUGCCAAACUCCUCUCGAGACAGCUUUUCAAAGGACUGCCCUCCUCCUACUCUAGAGUGCUCAGGUAGUGGGUCUGGUGGGGGGUGGGGGGGAACUCAGGAGGUGUACCCGGUCACGUGGUGCAGUGUGGGCUCCAUGGAGCCUAGGCUGUCGCCCUAGACCCAGCAGCUGCCACAGCCAAGUCUGCUGUCUCUAGUGGACAAGGGCAUCACAGGAAAGGAAAAUGAGGAGGGGAGAGAGACGAGGGAAACAGCCAGUGCAGGAGGAAGAACUUGAGCCAGACACAAGCAUAGGGAGUGGGAGAGGGAUGUGAUAGCAGCAAUGCUUCUCCAGGGGCUGCCACACACUCUCCCAACCCAGCUCCCUUUGAGAACCCAGCCGUGGAGCAGACAGCAAAGAAGGACAGGGGGACAUUUUAAGGCACAUUGAGAUGCCAAAGUUUUAAAACUUUGUCCACAGGGCUAGGUCUGUCCCCACUGCUACACUUGGCACAUUUUUGUUGUUUUGUUUGCAUUCUAGCACUGGGGCGAUGCUCGAGUCUCAGCCUGCACAGCUGGGUCUUCUAGCAAAAAACACUGGAAUCUUACCGUGAGCUAAGUUGGGGCCAUGUGGUGGCCUGACACUGGGCAUACUGUGCAUUGUGAGAUGACUGGAAGUAGUUCUGUCUGUUAGGAGUAUCUGUGGGGCUUAAAUCCACUUUCAGACACAAUGCCAGAAUCUGAUUAUUCAUGUAAAGAUGCCUAACUCAGUUUCUUCUAUUAGCCUGUAUCAUAGUUAUAAAAGGAAGCCGAAAAUAGAAAUGCUAUCAUGCAAAAGGAUUUCAGUGAAACUAGGAAAGACAGAAUUUAGGAAUUUGAAAGGAAAGAUAAGAGGAAAAUAUGAUAUAAGAUUUAUUAUUAAAUCUCCAUACCUACCAGACCAACUCUGAAACAUUUGGGGCUGAACAAGGCAUAGGAAGCCAAUCUGAUUUUCUUUUCACGUAAGAGGAGUCUCUAAUUGCAUGUUAGACUCCUGGAAGGAAAGGGAAGAACACCAACCAAUGUUUGAUUAAGCACUUUAUGCUCCUUUGAGAAGAAAUAAAGGUGGUAUGUAUGUGAUUUAUGUCCUAAUUGGGACUCAGGAUAUGAGUGUUGAGCCAACAUUCAGAGAAAAGCCUCUUUUCCUCUGAUUUGGACUGGGCAUUAUGUCCAAGGAUGAUGGAAACUGGAAGACAGGGUACAGAGUGCCUACUCUGGUGUAAAGACCCCUGUGCCCUGGACCCCAACGGGUUCUUCGAUGCACUUAGAAUGUCUGCCUCUCUGAAGUCACUGACAAAGUGAAUUGCUGCUUCUGGUGGAGAAAGUCUAGGCUUCCCUUCAUAUGUGUAAUGGAACUAACUCUAAAGUCUGUGACAGAAUAGAAGAAUCAUUUGGAAGUUUCUUUGUAUGAAGAGAUGGGAGAGCCAGCAGAUCCCAAAUGAGAUAGUGGGUGCUUCAGUGUGUGUGUGGGGGGGG